AUGAAGGCAUACAUGUAUGACAACGCACCGGGUGACCAGCGGCUCCCGCACGACUCGGGACGGGUCGUAAGCAUCGAAGAGCUGGAGAAGAUUGGCGUCCUCUACUACCACCUCCCGAACCUCGACGGCGUGAACGCCUUGGCUACCCAGCGCGGCUACAAGAACCGUGACGAGAUCACGGUCUCGGCCGACAAGAUGGGGGACGUCUACGAGACCAAGGUGAAGAUGUUCUUCGAGGAGCAUCUGCACGAAGAUGAGGAGAUUCGCUACAUUCGCGCCGGCCAGGGUUACUUCGACGUUCGGAGCAAAGACGACGACUGGGUCCGCGUCCUCCUCGCCAAGGACGACCUCCUGAUUCUACCGGCCGGCAUCUACCACCGCUUCACAACGGACGAGUCUAACUACGUUUACGCCAUGAGACUUUUCAAAGACGAACCGAAGUGGACUGCCCUCAACCGAUGUCCGGAGCUCGAGGACAACAAAUUUCGCCAGGACUAUGUUGAGCAUUUUACAUCACCCUAG